UCAAACAAGUUUCUCACCUUGGGAAGCUAGGGACGCUUCCCUGUACUCUGCAGGGCCCCUACUUCAAUCUAAGGAAGAGGGUCCCAAGUCACUUUCUCCGCAUCCUGAGACUGCUCCCUUGCAAGAAAGCGAGGAGAGGGGGAAAAAUAAGUGGCUUUUUUUUCUGCUGGGGAUAAGGGAGAGAGUAUCAGUUUAGUCGUCCUGGGCUGAGCUCGAGCUCGUGGGGUAUCUCGUGGGGCUCCCAGGCAAGAGGAGGGUCGGCGGUCCGUGACUGAGCCCCGGCUGCUCGAUGCUGGGGCCAUGGACAGAGCAGCUCUCCCGGGACUGCCUCGCCUCUGCGUCCUGUGGGCUACUCUCCUCGCCCUGUUUCCCUGCGGCGUCCACGGAAACUGGAUGUGGCUGGGUAUCGCCUCUUUUGGGGUCCCAGAGAAACUAGGUUGCACCAACUUGCCCCUGAGCGGCCGUCAGAAGGAACUGUGCAAAAGGAAACCUUAUCUACUGCCCAGUAUCCGAGAAGGGGCACGACUGGGCAUCCAGGAGUGCAAGAGCCAGUUCAAACAUGAGAGGUGGAACUGCCAGGUGUUCUCGCCCGCUGUCCCUGCUCCUGCCGCCUCCGCGCCCCCUGCACCCUCGCCCGGAGCCACCCCACUCUUCGGCUACGAACUGAGCAGCGGCACCAAAGAAACAGCAUUUAUUUAUGCGGUGAUGGCAGCAGGUCUGGUGCAUUCUGUGACAAGAUCAUGCAGUGCAGGGAACAUGACAGAGUGCUCCUGUGACACCAAUUUGCAGAAUGGUGGCUCAGCUACUGAAGGCUGGCAUUGGGGUGGCUGCUCUGAUGACAUUCAGUACGGCAUGUGGUUUAGUAGAAAGUUCUUGGAUGUCCCCACCAAAAACACCACUGGAAAAGAUGGGAAACUGUUAGCAAUGAAUCUGCAUAAUAACGAAGCCGGGAGGCAGGCAGUAUCCAAGUUGAUGUCAGUCGACUGCCGCUGCCAUGGAGUUUCAGGUUCCUGUGCUGUGAAAACUUGCUGGAAAACCAUGUCUUCCUUUGAAAAGAUUGGGCAUUUUCUAAAAGAUAAGUACGAAAACAGCGUGCAAAUCUCGGAUAAGAUGAAAAGAAAGAUGCGCAGGAGAGAAAAAGACCAGAGAAAGAUAUCAGUACGCAAGGAUGAUCUCCUCUACAUUAACAAAUCGCCCAAUUACUGUGUAGAGGAUCGCAAAUUAGGCAUUCCUGGGACGCAGGGCAGAGAGUGCAAUCGUACUUCUGAAGGAGCAGACGGGUGUAAUCUCCUCUGCUGUGGGAGAGGCUACAACACCCACGUAGUCAGACACGUGGAGAGGUGCGAAUGCAAAUUUGUCUGGUGCUGUUACGUUCGAUGCAGGAGGUGUGAAAGCAUGACCGACGUCCACACCUGCAAAUAAGCAGGGUUCUGUCCAGAAUCAUGCUCUCUGGUGAUACACAACCAAGAUUUAACGGCGGUGUGUGCAGUGUG